AUGAGCAUUGAUGGAAACCGGGUAAAACUCGCCAUCUGGGACACAGCUGGACAAGAACGUUUUCGAACUUUAACCCCGAGUUAUUAUAGAGGGGCCCAAGGCGUCAUUUGCGGUGAUUUUGUUCGGUGCUCGCAGAUAGAACCUUUAUUGUUUUUUCAGUGUACGAUGUUACAAACCGUAGCACAUUCGAGCGACUGGGUCAUUGGAUGACGGAAGUAGACACGUAUUCAACCAAAGAUGAGGCUGUAAAAAUGAUUGUCGCUAACAAAAUUGAUAUGGUAAGUGAUUUUGAUCCUGUCAGUUCAGUUUUCUGAAUCAAUGAACGGAAAAAAAACUUUCACCGCAAUUAUUCUUAGCAGUAAUUUCAUUUUUUGUAAUAAUAACUUCCAGUCUCCUAAGUUUGCCAUACUAUAUGAGAAUUCUCAAAAUUUCCGUCUUCUCAUAAAUAAUUUUCGCCUGAUUUUUUUGGACACUUCGAUAAGAAAUGGAAAGGCCACACUUGUGUUGAUUUUUCUGUUUCCUUCAUAUCAUGAUUUUCCUCUGAAAAGGGUCAACCAAUUGUUUAGUUAAGAUUUUAGCGCUUCGAACUACAUGCAACCCCCAAAACUAAGGUUUUCAAAAGAACGAAGUUCAAAAAUGUUUUGAUAGACCGGUUUUUGUGUGAUGCGGUAGAAUUGCGAAAUAAAUUUUGGUAUAAAAAAGAUUUCCACAAGAAGAUUUCGUCCAACAUAAUCUUAUGACAAAAGUCGAGAAUAUGCAUUAAAAUUUUGAAUAGUUGCACUCGUCAAUGCGGGUUAGGGAGUUGAAAUUUAUUUAAGAUUUUGUGGACUUAUUUUAUUAAUAGAUUUACGUCGCAUUUUUUUUCGUCUUUCGUUCUCAAUUUUGAAAAAAAUCUCAACGAAAAUGUUUGAAAUAACAAGAAAACCUCAUUAAAAACUAUAAUACUUCACAUAACUUGGAACCAUGAAAACGAUGAAAAAUUUUUUUAAUUGUUUUUAAUUUAAAAAUGAAAAAUUUCACAGCGUGUUUUCGUUUGUCGCCAAGUGAUUUUAGAAAACUUUUGUUGUCUGAAUUUUGUUUUCGCGUUCCCACUACGUCGCUUUUGUAGGCUUCAAUUUUUCCUAACGCCAAAUGAAGAAAAAAUUUUUUUUUCUUCAAGUUUAUCUGUUUAGGACUUAUUUCUUUCAUCAAAGGAUUAAAUAAAAAAGCCAAGAACUUUUUCACCAGUCUUAAAUCUCUCUCAGGUCGAAAAAUUUUUUUUUUUCUAUCAUUACCUUCCUAAGAUUAGAGAUAAAAAUUUUAAUUUAUUAUUUUGGUAAAUGUAUGCAACUCUUCCCGUACAAACGAAGUUCUGUACUUUUUCAUAUAUUUUACCAGUCCGUGAACGUUUCUUAUUAUUCUUCAUUUCAUAUUUCAGCCGAACCGCGUUGUCACUCGAGAUGAAGGGUUGAAGUUUGCGAAACGGCACAGAACUUUAUUCAUCGAAGCUAGUGCGAAAACUAAAGAAGGAGUUCAAUUGGCUUUCGAGGAGCUCAUAGAAAAGGUUUUUUUUUUCUUGAUAUUCUGCUACUCGCAGUUUGGUUUUUUGUUUAGAUAAUACAAACACCGAACCUGUGGGAGAACGACAGGCCGGCUUUCCGUUUAGGAGCUCAACAAGCGGCGAACGCAUCUCUUUGCAACUGUUGA